AGAGCAGAGACAGAAAACUACAAUUCCCAGCGACCCCCGCGCCAGAGCCGCCCAGACUGGCACUUCUCCGCGUCGUACUGGUCUGGAUCGCAGAGGUCGCCGCCAGGCUCGGGUCGCGAGGUGAUGACGCUAACGCUCUGAAGCCGAGUGCCAGUCUUUUCCGCCACCCGGCUGCUUAGUCGCUGUGGUGGCGGCUUCUGCGGCGAGCUUUUGUUGGGACUCUUCCGAGGCUGGCGCUGUCUGCGAGCCGACGACGCCGGGACCACACCGAUACAGAACUGAAGUCCAGAAACGCAAAUGAUUGGGCCCAAGUCACACAGGUGAUGUCUGGCCCGAGAGGUAUAGCCACAUGAGAUCAUGUAAAGUGCAACGGAUGUAGCUUUUAACCAUUUAGAAGUAUCCGGCUUUUUAGAAGUUGUGAUCUGACCUGUGAGUGUGGAGGUAAGGUCACUAGCACGCUUUCUUUCCUGAAUGGUUUGAUGGCUUUCUUCUCUGACUCAGACCGAAGUAGUUCUCAACCAACACCAAAAAGGACUGUGGAUGACACUGCCUUGGAAUGACAUCUCUGAUUCACUGACACGUGAAGAAAACCUCAUGAAUAGCAAUCACAGAGACUCAGAGAGCAUCACUGAUGUUUGCUCCAAUGAGGAUCUCCCUGAAGUUGAGCUGGUGAGCCUGCUAGAAGAACAGCUUCCCCAAUACAAACUACGAGUGGAUUCCCUCUUAUUAUAUGAAAAUCAAGACUGGACUCAGUCCUCUCAUCAAAAUCAACAUGACUCUAAUGCCAUCUCUCCAGUCCUUGCUGAAGAGACUUUCCGUUAUAUGAUUCUAGGCACAGACAGGGUGGAGCAGAUGACCAGAACUUAUAAUGACAUUGAAAUGGUCACACACCUUCUGGCUGAGAGAGAUCGGGACCUCGAGCUAGCAGCUCGCAUUGGCCAAGCUCUCUUGAAGAGGAACCAUGUUCUGUCUGAACAGAAUGAAGCACUUGAAGAGCAGUUGGGACAAGCCUUUGAUCAAGUUAAUCAGCUGCAGCAUGAGUUGUCUAAGAAAGAAGCAUUACUUCGUGUCUCCUUUGCUUUGGAAGAGAGUGAAACUGAUUCCAGCUGUUCUACACCACUUAGAUUCAAUGAGUCUUUCAGCCUUUCUCAAGGUCUCUUACAGCUGGACAUGCUACAAGAAAAACUCAAGGAACUGGAGGAGGAGAAUUUGGCUCUCCGAUCUAAGGCUUCUCACAUAAAGACUGAAACAAUUACCUAUGAAGAGAAGGAGCAGCAACUUGUCAAUGACUGUGUUAAAGAGCUUCGUGAGACAAAUGCGCAGAUGUCCAGGAUGACAGAGGAGUUAUCGGGGAAGAGCGAUGAACUGAUUCAGUACCAGGAAAAGAUCUCCUCCCUCUUGUCACAGAUCCUUGAUCUUCAGCACAAAAUUAAAGAACAUGUCCUUGAAAAGGAGGAACUGAGGCUUCACCUACAAGCUUCCAAAGAUGCCCAAAGACAGCUGACAAUGGAGCUGCACGAGUUACAGGAUCGGAAUGCAGAGUGUCUGGGAAUGCUACACGAAUCCCAAGAAGAAGUGAAGGAACUCCGUAGUAGAACUAGCCCUGCAGCACAUUUAUACGGCCCCCAACAGUGUGGAGCAUUUUCUGCGGAAUCUCUAGCGGCUGAAAUUGAGGGAACCAUGCGUAAAGAACUCAGUUUGGAUGAGUCGUCUUCUCUCUGCAGACAAAAGGAACAGCAGAAGCGAGUAUUCGACACCGUCAGGGUGGCUAAUGACGCGCGCUGCCGUUCAGCCUCAUUUCCUGCCCUGCUUCCGAUUCCGGGCUCCAACCGUUCAAGCGUCAUAAUGACAGCAAAGCUGUUCCAGUCUGGGGUUCAGCCUCUGGAGAGCAGGACACACCCGAACCCUAGGAGCAGCAUGGAUGAUCUAUCCAAGGACUCCCAGAAUAUGAGGCCGCCAGGAACCCCUGGAGACAGUGACUUAGCGACAGCCUUGCAUCGCCUUUGUCUGCGUCGGCAGAACUACUUAAGUGAGAAACAGUUCUUUGCCGAGGAAUGGGAACGUAAGAUGCAUGUGUUGACUGACGAGAAAGAAGAGGCCAGUGGCUGCAGCACCCCCACGGGGAGCUUUGCCUCUCUCUGCACCAACCAGUCUGAGGUCAUAGACCUCAGUUCCAGUACCAGCUGCAUUCGGGCUUUUAUGCCAGAGAAGCUGCAGAUUGUCAAACCCCUUGAAGGAUCUCAGACUCUACAUCAUUGGCAGCAACUUGCACAACCAAACCUGGGGACCAUUCUUGACCCACGGCCAGGGGUCAUUACGAAAGGCUUUACUUUAUUGACAGAAGAUGCUAUUUAUCACCUUUCUGAUUUAGAAGAAGAUGAGGACGAGGGCAUAACAUUUCAGGUUCAGCAAUCAUUUCAGGAGGAAGGGAAAUCUUCUGUGUCUAAGCCAGUACCCAGCAUCUUCCUACCACCUCUUACUUCAGCAAGUGUGCCACUUACAGCCUCCAAUCCGGGAAAAUGUCUAUCGUCCACAAACUCCACAUUUACCUUUACCACUUGUAGGAUAUUACACCCCUCCGAUAUCACUCAGGUUACCCCAAGCUCCAACUUCCCAUCAUUAUCCUGUGGAAGUACUGGUAGCAGUACGCCUAGUACAGCGAUGAACUCCCCUGCCCUGACCUACAGGCUCAGCAUUGGGGAGUCUGUCAGCAGCCGACGAGACUAUACCACCACCUGCAGCAGUACCAGGGGUCUGGCCAAACUUCUGCAAGAAAGAGGCAUCUCUGCUAAAGUAUACCAUAGCUCUAUUUCAGAGAACCCUCUCAUCCUACGAGCCACUAGAGUCCCAGCCAUUCCCUCCACCCCACCAAAUACUCCAUACCAUUCGCCUUGUCCGUCUCCUUUGCCUUUUGAACCCCGAGCGUAUCUCUCUGAAAACUUUCUUGCCUCUCGACCCGCUGAAACAUUCCUGCAGGAGGUGUAUAGCUUGAGGCCUUCCAAGAACCCUCCAGAUAUUGGCCAGUUGAAGAUGAACCUGGUGGACAGACUAAAGAGACUUGGAAUAGCCAGGGUCAUCCAGCCCCCUGAGAUGAAGGAAAACGGAAAAAGGCAAGGGACAGAAAUUGGCCUGCGAAGACCAGACUCUGCUGCCUUCUUAAAUGCAAGUAGCAAUCUAUUGGGUGGACUCAGGAGGAACCAGAGUCUUCCAGUCAUGCUGGGUGGCUUUGGAGCCCCAGUGUGCACAUCUUCCCCUAAAAUGGCUAUCUUGAAAGAAGACUGAAUUUGCAUAUGAAGGAUAAACUUGUAGUGAUCAGAGUAGUCUAAUCUGAAGGAGAAGGAAAGUUGCAGAAGGUUGUGGAUGUGAGAAAGACAAAGAAUAAUAAUGAAGAUGAGUGUGGUGAAAAGGUCCAGGGUACCAGCAUUUAUAACUGAGAAAUGUGUAAGCAGAAGGAAUGGAUACAGGUAUUAGAAAGGAAGAGACAGAGAGCACUCCUGGAGCCUCAGGCUUUCUUAACUUGAACCAAAAAAAAAGCAAAGCAAAAGUAAAAUUCUUUAAUAGUAGAGCAUAUCCGAAAUACGUUGUGGACUUGUAUUGUCAUCCCUUUCUGGCUGAGAAUCCCAAGCCGGGAGAAGUCUUUUUAUAGAGGCAGAGAAUGAAAGCAACUCCCAUUGUCAUUUGGAAAUCCAUUCUUUUUCCCCCCCCCAGGCUGGUGCCUAAGCCAGGAUUAAAGUGAUGAGUCCAGGCUGUUAUUUAGCUGCAGUGAGAAAUUUUAUACAUUUUCCCCAUUUGCUAUUUAGUUAUAAGCAUGUCCAUCACCUGCUAUUUUCACAGUUGAAACAAAAAAACUAGGAAUUUUACCUUUUUGUCGGAUCAGAAGAAGCCCGUGUUCCUUUCUGCCUCACGUCCAACAAGCAAAUAGGAGAAUUACACUGAGCACAAGCACUAUUCAAAUUCCUUUUGUAUUUGCAGCCACCUCUACAGUGUUUUAACAUUUUUGUAUUUUUGUACUAUGCAAAAAACCAAUGCUCUUAGGGAUUUCUUUAUUAUUUUCUUUUUCUACUUUAGCAAGUUUAGUGAAUUGGAGCCAAUGAAAUCUAUUACCAGAAUUUCCUUUUGGAGGAGUGCAAUGGUCAAGACAUAUGGACAUAAUUAUGUGUGUCUCAGGUCUCUGUGGAGGCUGGGAAUAGUAUAGAGAAGAAGUGCAAUCUAUUGGAAUUGGGGGAUGUUGUAUUUUUUUUUUAAAUAAAAGUUUGUUGCAGCUUUGGAAAGGAAUCUUUCCAGAGUGGGCCAUGCAUAUUUUUUAAUGGAAGAAUACCUGUAUUUGCACAAAGAAAUUCUCAGGCACAUUGAAUUGUUAGAAACUGAAAAAAAUACCCAGGUGCUUACUGUGGGGUUGUAUUUUGAUUUUAUUCAAUCUAAAUGAAAAGUAUAACACAAAAUAAAGACCAAACAGGGGGUUGUUCUGCUGUGUCUGCUUGGUGAAUCUGUCCUAUUCUCUAAGAAUAAGCUUUUUAAAGGGUAGAUCAAAUGAAACCUGCUGAGGCAGGUUGCCUUUACUCUUCCAAAUGGGUUCCCUUUAUAACUGUUGGCAUCAGCAAACCCUUUGGUAUUAGGUUUCACAUACCAAAAUGAAAUGCAAAGUUGUGACAGUAAGAAACAGAUCGAUUUUUCCCAGGCCCACUGAAUGACUUCUGUACCUCCAGACAUUACAGUAGCAUCAUUUGAAUAGGACAGUUUGAAAAUAAAUGGAACCACCCAAGAGACAUGAUUGAUAAAAAUGAUGAACAGAAAUGACUUUUUGCCCUUCUUUUUGUCUCCAGAUGGGAAAAGCACAAAUAUCUUUGGUGCUGAUUUGCAUGGAUCUUACCAUUUUGCCUCUUUUACAGUGGUUAAUUUUGUUGACGACCAUGAUUUAGUGGAAACAGGGCUUCUGUGGAUGAACUAGAGUAAUAAUGCUAUUCAAUUAGCCUGAUUAUGAGCAGCAGAAGCUUCACCCCUUUGGCUGCCAGAAGCUUCUUCCCAACUUUUGAGGAGCUGUGGACUCAGCCAUGAGUGUAGAAACCUCAGAUGGCAUAUAGGUCAGGGGAAAAAAAAUCAACUAACACUUGUACAUUGUCAGUCAUAAAUUUUCAAUCAUUUUAGUAUUUUUGUGGCAUAUUUUGGUACAACUUCAAAUUUUCUAAAUGAUACUUAAAAAUGAGGACAACUCUCUUCCUUCCAUCUUGUGCCUAAAGAAGUGCAGUCACAUGUUCAAAGAGGAAUCCCAAACGUGGGCAUAAAUAAACUGAUGGAAGCAUGUCCCCUAACUGUGAAGGAUGCUUAAAAAAAAAACAACCUAGUUGCUCAUGUUACAGGAAAAAAAAAACAACCCCCAAACCCUCUAUUUUUUAAAAGGGCAUUUGAAUGUGUUUUAGUUAAGGUAACUAUGUGGGCUUCCUGCUUUCUUCAUAGUCAGAUUUUUUUUUCUUUUCCUUCAAAUGAACCAGAUUUCAAAUGUGUCCUUUUGCUAGGAUAUUUGUGGUUUCUGAGAGGCAGCAAGAAAUGAAGCAACAGCAGAAUAGAGCAGCAUGGGAGCCAGAAAACCACGCAAGGUGUCAAAUGUCAGGUUUCUGUAGUCUAUUAUAUAAAUAUCUAUACGUUAAGCUAGAUUUUGAAGUGUUCUCUAUUAAGGAAAUUUUAAUUAUACCUACCUCUCCUCCCUCCCAAAUUGGCCCUUUAUUGAUCUCUAGGUAGUAGUUAACAAUUAACUUAAUUAGCAGCCAAGUAGCAAAGGUUUGGUUGAAGACAGACUGAGCCAAAUGUCGGCAUUCAGCCAGAGGGUCAAAUACCAAGUCCGUGUUGGUCGUUAAGAAGUGGGUCUGUGUAAGAAAUCAGGUGGAAAAAUUGCAAAAGCUAGUCAAAUGUUAACGUGGUACACACAGUCUGAGAGUCUGCACUGCAUCAGGAUUUUGUCAUUGAGUUUUCAGUGGCGAGAAAGCCUCCACUUUCCCAUCAUGCUGCUGUUACCAUUCAGAUAUUUUUUGCUGUCUUCACCAUUUCCAUGUUGGAUUUGAAGACCAGUGUCAAAAACCAAAUUUCUCUUUCUUUCUAGCCUUCAAGGAAGUUUUCUGUGUCUAUACCUUUCGAGUAAAAGUAGUUCCUGUUAGCUAACAGGCUAACUACCUAAACUCAAAAUAAAAAGUGGCCUCUCCUAACUUUAAAGCUUCUGGAGAAAAGUUAAUGACAAUUUUGGAGUAGCACAAGCACCUGGUUUAACUGCUGCUCAUUCCAACCCAAAUCUGGCACUGAGGUGCAAAAUCUGAGAGAGGAAACACAUUAGAAGAGGCUUACCAAGAGCUGACUCCCUGUAAUCUGUAUUUGAUACAAUAUUAAAGUAUUAUUGGUUCUGACAGAUGAAAGUAUGCAUGCAUUCUCUGGGCCUGGUCUUAAAGUCUGAUUGUCUCUCCUUGGAUGUCAAACGUAUACAUGUACUCCCCGUGUCUAGCACAGCAGUGAAAUGCACUUGUGUAUGCAGGAGUGACUGCGGCUGAGAGUGUAGCCCACCAGGGGAGGCUGCUGGCUAGCAGUGUCUGAUGUUUGGGAAUGCGAGCUUGUGUCAGACAGCUUUGUGCACUUGACUUUACUUAUGGCAUGUAAAAAAAGAUAAUAAACAACUUCUUUUUUAAGAUCA